UCUAUAGUAGUACAAGGUGGUAGCAACAACAAGCUAUAUCUAUUCUCUUCAAGCCAAGAACGCAUAGAGAUCCAUUCACAGACACGAUAUAUUAGAAGACAGAUAUGGACCAUGUGAUGAAGCUGGCAUCCGAGCGUGCGGUGGUGAUCUUCACUCUGAGCUCCUGCUGCAUGUGCCACACCGUGGCGCGGCUCUUCGGUGACCUUGGUGUCAAUGCAGUUGUGCACGAGCUGGACGAGGACCCUAGAGGAAAGGAGAUGGAGAAAGCUCUCCUCAAAAUGCUCGGGAAAGGCCCAUCUGUGCCGGUGGUGUUCAUCGGCGGGAAGCUUGUUGGCGGGACAAACAAGGUCAUGUCUCUACAUCUUGGCGGUGAGCUGGUUCCGAUGCUGAGGAAUGCAGGCGCCCUCUGGCUAUAGAGUUGGCCGGUGAACAAAGGUUUCGAUAAACCUAAUCAAAUCCCGUGCUACAAGGAAAAUAAAAUUUUGUCAGAGUGUGUGAAGUAUAUGUAUUUUAAUUUUGUAGAAUAACAUAAUGACCUAGUUUAUUUUGGGCAGGGUUUUUCAUCGUGUUCCGAGAAUGACUAGGGUACGGUUCUUUGUGAGGCCGUUAAUAACAAGAGGUUUCUUGCUCGUUAGGAGUGCGUUACAUGCAUGCUUUAUGCAAUCCCUUUUUGAUGUCUAUCUAUUGUAAGCUGUACUUGUGUACGUGCACUCUUACCUUUUUAAAGAGGUAUAGUUAAUACAAUAUGUAUUCAUGGUA